CCCAAACCAUUAGCGUCCAUCACAAAGAGUCCUCACCGGCGGAAGCCCAAAAGAUCUACGACGACCAGCCAUGUUUCUUGUGCAGAAGAACUCGCUUCAUCGUUUCCCUUUCCUCCCCUCUUCCCCCCCCAAAUCUCCGCCUGCCUCCUUGGCACGACCCUUCGAGGACGUCCUUGCCGCCCGCCUCCUCUCGCUCCUCCCCCUCCCCGACUCCUCCCCUUCCCUCGCCCUCUCCUGGCUCGCCCGCGCCGUGCGUCUCCUCGCCCUCACCCUCUCCGAUGCCGCCGCCUUGCUCCCUGACGCCACCUCCUCCUCCGACCGCGACGCCGUCGCCGCAUACCUCGACUCCGGCGUCGCCCUUCUCGACGCCUGCAACGCCGCCUCCGCCGAGGUCGACCGCCUCCUCCGCCGUCGCCUCCACCUCCGCUUCGCCCUCCACCUCCUCUCCUCUUCCGACGAGGGCCGGAACCCGGAGAAGCUAAGCCGGGCGAGGGGCUCCUUGGCCGAGUGGCGGAGCUCCUCUCCCCGCCCGACCGGCGACUUGGCCCGGUCCCUCGCGCCCGCCCAGCCCUCCCGUGGCAAACUCUCCGCCGUCCGUAGGGCGAUCUACGCCGUGGAGGCCGUCUCCUUCCUGCUGUCCGGCGUCCUCGCGUCCGCCCUCGGCGGUGGGGACGUUGCCGCUCUCGUCCCCGCCGACCUCCCGUGGGCGAACGAAUACCGCAAGGUGGCCGCGGCGGUCUCCCACAAGCUAGCCGGCGACCGCUCCCCCGCCGAGUUGAAGGCGGUGGAAUCGGCGGUCAAAAAGAUGACGGACGUCAUGGAUGGGAUCCGAUCAAACGGUGGCGGAGACGACGCCGAAAGCUUACGGAAAGCGGUCGAAGCGACGGAGAAAGCGACAGGCGAGUUGACGGAGUCGUUGGACGCCUUAUCAGGCGCCGUCAACGAGCUGUUCCGUUCCGCGUUGGCGUUGAGGAACACGGCGUUACAUGGCUUCCGUGCCGGUCCGGCGGGAUGUAAAUAGUUGUGGGAACGGAGGGCAAACAUGGAAGUUUUCUUAGGAAAAGGGUGCACAGAAUACAAAUGGGGUGUAUAAACUGCUGUAUCUCUGGUGGCAAAAAGGAAUUCAAAUGGAUGACACAUCUGUAGCGUGAUUUGGUCGAUUCAAAUAUACAUUUAUCCCUCGGUUAA